AAUUUAAAAAAUAAAUAAAAAUAUUUUCUUUUGAUUGAGAAAACAAGGAUUAACGCUAACACACACACAAUAAUCUCAAACGUUUCUCUGCUAAUAAAUCAAAGAUCACAUUAAUCUUCUUUUAUAGCAUAGCAGAAGUUGGCAAAGAUUGGUUAAAUAACUUCAUUAGUAUUUCCCAUCCAUCUAUCCAUAUCUCUCUCUCUCUCUCUCUCUCUCUCUCUCUCUCUCAAACCCUAGAAGAAGAAGAAGAAGAAAGAGUGAGAGACAUAAGAGACUAUAGAUUAAAAGUCAUGGCAACCCUCCGAGUUCACUCAUCCAUAUUUUUUCUGUUUCCAACCGUUCUCCUCCUUCUCCUCCUCCACUUCUGUACCUUAAACCAAACCCAUCUCUCAUUCAUUUUCUCUUCCAUAACAUCUUUUGACCAUAUGCAAACGAAUUAUACAACCCCACAAAUCUCACCCGCACCUGCACCUGCACCUGCACCUGCUCCAGCCAUGGCAGAAGCUCCUCUUAAUCCUUUACAUAUCAGAAACAAGAGUGGUAAGAAAAGAAUUGAAGACGACUUGGCUAGAGCAAGAGCGGCUAUUCGCAAAGCAAUUCGUACGAGGAAAUGGAAUUAUACAUCUGAUGAUGAUGAUGGAAGUUUCAUCCCAAGAGGUUCCAUUUACAGAAAUGCCUAUGCGUUUCAUCAGAGUCAUAAAGAAAUGGUGAAGAGAUUCAAAGUGUGGGCUUACAAGGAAGGAGAGCAACCCUUGGUCCAUGAUGGACCCACUAAGAACAUCUACUCUAUUGAAGGUCACUUCAUUGAUGAAAUGGAAAGUGGGAAGAGCACAUUCAUGGCCCGCCAUCCUGAUGAGGCCCAUGUAUUCUUCCUACCCAUAAGUGUUACAUACAUUGUUGAGUACAUCUACAUGCCUGUCACUGACUACGCUCGUGAUCGACUAGUCCGGAUCGUCACUGAUUACAUCUAUACCGUAGCGGAUAGAUACCCAUAUUGGAAUAGAAGCAGUGGAGCGGACCACUUUUUCGUCUCUUGUCAUGAUUGGGGACCAGAAGUAUCAAAAGAUGAUCCUAAACUUUUCAAGAAUUUCAUGAGAGUACUAUGCAAUGCCAACACCUCAGAAGGAUUCCAACCAGGAAGGGAUGUCUCAUUACCAGAAUAUAACUUGGAACCCAUUAAGCUCAGCCCACCUCGCAACCUUGGCCUAGCCCCUAAUAAGCGUUCUAUCCUCGCAUUCUUUGCAGGAGGGGCCCAUGGAAACAUAAGGAAUGCUUUAUUGGAGUAUUGGAAGGACAAAGACGAUGAAGUUCGAGUCCAUGAGUACCUUCCCAAGAACCAAAACUAUAGUAAACUUAUGGGACAAAGCAAGUUUUGCUUGUGCCCAAGUGGGUUCGAAGUGGCAAGCCCAAGAUUGGUUGAGGCAAUUUUUGCAGAGUGUGUUCCAGUGAUUAUUUCUGAUUAUUAUGUGUUACCCUUUAGUGAUGUUCUUAAUUGGAGCAAGUUUUCGCUGCAUAUUCCAUCAAAGAGAAUACCAGAGAUUAAGACAAUUUUGAAAGGCAUUUCAAACAGCAAGUACUUGAAAAUGCAGAAGAGGGUGACAAAAGUGCAAAGGCAUUUUGAGCUGAAUCGACCGGCCAAGCCAUUUGAUGUUUUUCAUAUGUUGCUUCACUCAGUAUGGCUUAGAAGACUUAACAUUAGGCUGCAAUAAUUUCCUUAAUCAACUUUGUGCAUAGAUUUCUAAUCAUCAUUUGUAUGUUUUAACUGUUUAUGUUAAAUAAAAUAUAAGAAUGCAUGAUUAUUAUUUUUUA